AAGCAGCAGACGUCUUAAAGGUCCCGAAAUGUUCUUUGUGGUCGACAUUUACGGGUUAAGAAGCUUGCAAUGGCAUUAUGGGCUCAGGGUGCAUUUCUGGACGCCACUUACUCCUGCUUCCUUCCAUCUGUAUCGAGCAAAUCGUUAUGCAUUUCUAACUGGAACAAUAUUUAAACACUCUCUCCAGAGCGACGUCCUUCCAAACACCGUUUAAUCAGGUGAGGGACACCUGCCUAAGACUCUGACUCUCAGAGUCUGAUGGUCUUUCCCAGUGCAUUCGGUCUCACCUCCCGCAGAGGAUGCAAGUGCAAUUAUUGGCAGAUUAGACUUCUCCUCUUCCCCGCCCCUCCCCUCGCCAUCCUGGGGAGAAGCGCGAAUAAAUGAUCUGCUCCUUGCCGGUGCUCGCCCGAGUGACCAGAGCGCAGAUCGGAGGGCGCAGGGCGAGCGCCGGGCACCCCUCCCUCUCCCCGCGCCGCCUCCAGCGCGAGUGACAACGCGCCCUCCGGGCUCCGGAGCGGCGGCUCCAAACAAUCCCGGGCAGGGCUCGCCUCGCCGGUGACAUCACUCCUGAAGAUACUCCCCGCUCCCAGCUCCUGCCUUCAAGAGAGGCGUCCGUCCGUCCGUUUGUCCGUCUCCGUCUCUCCACCGCCCGAGAGUGAUCACCGCUGGCUGGGAACCGAGCCGGGCACCGAGGAGCGACAGGACCCCGAAGAGGCGAAAGAGAGAAGGCAGCGAGGGAAGGAGGACCCCGGCAGGCGACAGCAUGAAAUUCAGCCCAGUGCACUACUUGCUGCCUCUGCUGCCGGCACUGGUCCUCAGCACCAGACAGGACUAUGAAGAGCUGGAAAAGCAGCUGAAAGAAGUCUUUAAGGAGCGAAGCACCAUCCUUCGUCAGCUGACAAAGACAUCAAGAGAACUUGAUGGAAUUAAAGUCAACCUUCAGUCUUUAAAAAAUGAUGAGCAGUCCUCCAAAACUGAUGUUCAGAAGCUUCUGGAAUUAGGACAGAAACAAAGAGAAGAAAUGAAGUCUCUUCAGGAGGCCCUGCAGAAUCAACUUAAAGAGACAUCUGAGAAAGCAGAAAAACACCAGGCUACUAUUAAUUUUUUAAAGACUGAAGUGGAAAGGAAGAGCAAAAUGAUUCGAGACCUUCAGAAUGAGAACAAAAGCUUGAAAAACAAACUCUUGUCAGGAAACAAGUUGUGUGGCAUUCAUGCAGAAGAGUCAAAAAAAAUCCAAGCCCACCUGAAGGAACUUCGUUAUGGGAAGAAGGAUUUGUUAUUUAAGGCCCAACAGCUAACUGAUCUGGAACAAAAAUUGGCUGUAGCCAAAAAUGAACUGGAGAAAGCAGCUCUUGACAGGGAAUCACAGAUGAAAGCAAUGAAAGAGACUGUACAACUCUGCUUGACAUCCGUUUUCCGUGAUCAACCUCCCCCUUUGAGUCUAAUCACGUCAAAUCCAAAUCAGAUGUUACCUCCCCCCAGGACAAUUGCUUCUAAGCUUCCAGUUGCGAGGGCUAUAAGCAAGCCUCAACAAAGCACUCUGGGAAACAAUGAGAGCUCUCAAGUUGAGUCAACUAAGGAAGGAAAUCCAAGUACCACUGUGUGUGACUCUCAAGAUGAGGGCAAAACCUGUUCAAUGAAGCACAAAGAGAAUCCUCCAAGUAAUACCACUGCAGAAUCAGAGGCUAUCCCACAGAAAUUGCAAAUGCCUCCUUGUUCUGAGUGUGAGGUGAAAAAAGUUCCAGAAAAACAAUUGACUGACUUUGAAGGAAUGCCAGCUAGAGAAGAAAAAAUACUGUAAAUACUAAGAAACUGUGUUAAAAAACAUCCAUUUGCUAUUGUCUUCAUACUCUUUUUAGACUACAGGCUUGAUGGAAAUACUAAAUUUCUAAAGCAUGUAACUUUUUCACAAUUUUAUGUAACUUUAUAAAGUAGCCUACAAAUUUUCCAGAAGAUUCCAGGCCAAUUAUGAUCCUUAAGCAAUAACCUAAUUGAAAUGGAUAUCUACAAUCAUAAAUAUUCCAUUGUCAUCAGUAAAUUGCCCCAUAUAAAUUGGUUUGUUUUGAAAUCAAAUACAACACACCAUUUGAUUCUCUUCAUUCAUUUCAAUAUCUACUGUAUGAUGUAGUUGUUGACAUCAGCUAGAGGAUGAUAAAGUAUUAUGGUCCUCUGCAUUCUUAAAAUCCGAAUUGCAACCAUAUCAUAAAGAUUUUGGUAUACAUUAGCCAACUGGAAUCAUUUUCCUCAAUGUUGGAAUUUGUGCCAACAUAAAUGAAUCUUUUAUUUAAUAAUGUUUAUUGCUAUUCUUAUUAUUGUGAACUAAUAAUAAUUAUUUUGUCUAAAUAAUACCAAGGCAAUUCUGGCAAGGGUUUAGUCAGUUAACAGAAUUUAUUAAAUAUAUUUGUCAUGAUGCAGACAAAAUAUUUGGAUGAAUGACUAAAAUUUCUGACACAAUUCAUCACAUUUUUUUUGGCAUUCUAAAGAUAUAUUUGCUAUGUAUGUCUACUGGAAUUAUUGAAAGUUAGGAAUUGAGUUGUUUCAAAUGCUUGGCAUGAAUUUUAUGAAGUUGAGCAGUGUAAUAUGAGGUGGGAAGAUUAUUCUAAAAUACAAAUAUGAAAGCAGACAAUAUGUAUUUCAAAAUGGAUAUGUGAUGAAAGUAAAAUAGCCACGUAGAUACAAUGACCCAGAUACAUAUUUUUUUUUGAAAACCAAUGUACUAUUGAAACAAAUCAAUGGCUGUGUUAAACUUUGAAGUUGGGGUUUUAUAUAGGAAUAUUACCGAUCAAAUCAAUACACUCAUGGAUAAUCUGAACAUAGUUCACAAGCAAGAGGAAUUGACGUGAAUAAUUGUCUGAUUGAUAGGAUGGAUAGAACAUCAGACUUACAGACUCGUAUCAGUAAGGUAACUGAUCCAGUUAGGUUGUCUGCACUAAAUAUAUUCACUUCCACUGUUAGAACAAUUGUGCAAAUAUAGAAAGCCCAUAAAACCAUUGGUUUUACUGAAUGGAUCUGUCAAGCCACAAUUAUUACAUUUGGAGAAGUGUAUCCUAGAAAAUAGUUAAUAAAAUAUAUUAAAUGAAAUAUAAUCAAUAGAUAAACUUAAAUUCUGUGAUAGAGUGGCACACCUUUAAUCGUAAUGACAUACUCAAAGAAAUUUAAAGAUUUGGAAAAUUGGAAAAUAUCAUUAGCUGUAAAAUAAUAUUGUGGUAUAUUCAUGUAGCAAUUCUAUUUUCAGAAUAGUUCAGCAUCCUUUACCGAUACAGAUGGUCCUCAACUUAUUUUAGUGUGAGUUAUGAUUUAUUUGACAUUAUGAUGGUACAAAAUCAUCACAAUUUCUAUGUACUUCGUAUUUUGAAUAUCGAUCUUUUGUCUGGCUAGUGAUAUGUGAUACAUAAGAUAUUCAAUACUUUAUUAUAAAAUAGGCUUUUUAUUAGGUGAUUUUGUCCAAUUAUAGGCUAAUGUAUGUGUUCUGAGCACAUUUAAGGUAGGGUAGACUAACCUUUGCCGUUUGAUGUAUUUAUUAGGUGUAUUAAAUACAUAUUUGACUUAUAAUAUUUUCAACUUAUGAUGGAUUUAUAUGUACAUAAUCCCAGUGUAAGUCGAGGAGCAUCUGUAUUUUUGAUAUAACAAACUACCUAAGUAAGAAAGAUAAUUAGUUUUUUAACUGAUACAUAGAGUAUUCAGAUGAAGUGACCAGAAUAAAAAAAAAGAUCAAGGUCUGAAUUUCCUGCAGACUCCUUCCCAAUUCUAAAAAUCAUUUAAUUCUACAAGGUAGAAUAUUACUACUUGCCCAAGUUUGUUCCUUAUAAUUUUCCUAAUGUACCUAGGAGUCCCAACUAUCUUCAUAUAUUUUUGAAAGGGAAAUAGUUCAUUAAGUUUUAAUUUAGCUUUACUUUCCUACUCCUAACUUGGGCCCCAAUUUAUCUUCUAGACCCUAUGGAUCCAUUUCACCAUCUCACCUUAACACAGCAUAUUUUGAAACAUCUUUGGACCGAAAAAAUAUAUAAAUAAGGAGAACCAGACUGAUAGUUUCUGAAAUUUUUACAAGUGAUAAUGUGUUAUAAGAUGAGAAUUUUGCUUAAUAUUAAAUAUGUUAAAACAGCUUCAUUUCUUGUUUAUUUUCUCUUUGUUCUAAAUUCCUAUUCUAGUACGUAACAACAUAAUCAGCUUAACUUUAUUAAUUCAUGGCAUAAUUAAGUGGCUUUGAAUCAGCAUAAUGUAUUUUUUUUCCUUUAAACCCAUAUAGCAUUAUGCAUUCUGCAGUUUACUGUGCUAUAUUCAUGGCAUCAUUUAUUCCCCCAAAAAACAAUAAAACUUGUACCAGGAGAUCUUUAUAAAUAUUCUUAAAAAAUAUUCUGGGAGUUCCUUUUAAUAA